AUGACAUACAUGAAGUUUAUUGCGACUCCGAUUGCAUCACUCGCAAUCCUUUCCAACAUUUGCGUGGUCAUUUUAUUUCUUCGCAACACAAUUUGGUUAAAGAAACCUUACAACGUGUUUAUCCUCAGCCUGGCGUUUACUGACUUGACUACUGGAAUUGUGAUGAUCAUUGCUCCUGGCUUGAGUUUCAAACCAACUACAGUUCCAGACAACCUAUUCUUUGGUAGACUUUAUUGCCAAACUAUUGCCGGUUAUUGGCUGUUCUUUGCACUCGGAGCCGUAUCAGUCUAUACUUGCUUGCUCCUUACUAUUGAAAGAUGGACGGCAAUUUGUCGACCGUUGAAGUAUAGAAUGAGAUUUGCCAACAAACAUUUGAUUAAAUAUUUGGUUCUGAUAUGGAUACUUGGAUUUGGAACGUCACGUAUCGGUACUGUGGAGAGAACAUAUCAAGCAAAGACCUCAAACAUGACAGCAGCAAAAUGCAUCGGUACACCACUAGUUGAAGGUAAAAUACUAUAUUUAUAUUCCGUAAGUAAAAUAUUUUAUUUAUAUAUCUUCGAAUAAAAACACUAAAUUUGACGCUACUGAGAUGAACAAAACUUCACUGACAUUGUGACAAAGAGCUUUUAGCAUAUAUUACGCAGACUUCGCGUUCAUGCAUGCAUGGACAUCCUAAAAUUAUUAAGGCAAGCGUCAGGUUAUUGCGAAAAUAUUCUGUCCUUAGAUUGGCAUGGCGAAUAUUUGCUACAAAUACCCAUUUACUGGCGGCAGUGGGAUUUUGAAUUUCACUCCGGCAAAAUUAAAAGAUAAGACGUCUCCGAUAAUUAAUUAAUGAUCCCGGAAUACAAUUUUCAUUCUUGGUUCGUUGCCUUGUUAGAGAAAGCAAUUCAAAAACUACUUCGGCUCAUGUGCAUGAUCGGGUUAAGAACAUGAAUUUCUCCUUAGCUGAAGUUUUCAAAUCCACGUUUGCUGCAAAGUGUUAUCACGCGGUAUAUCUUUAUCACGCUUUAUAUCUUGCAUUCAUUGAUGGAACUUAUUAUAAAAUCCAAAAUAUAAAUUAAUCACGAUUCUGUUCAUAUCCUUGAAGAGUACAGGGGUUUCAACUAAUGUCUCGUAUAAAGUUGAUGGAGUGACAGCCAACCAAUAUGAUUGGAUAAAUAAGCUACAAUUAGUUUCAAACAUUUUGUAACUGCAAAAAUUAGUAAAAUUUUAAACAAAGAAAGUGUGUGUGUGUGCGGGGGGGGGGGGGGGGGGGGGUGGAGGUUGACGCCUGACAAACAAAAUAAUCAAACCAAUCAUAGUCAAGGGAUUAGAAAGUUCCAAAGUGCGUAUAGGCCACCCAAUGGCAUGGAUAUAUGAAUCUUGAUUUAUGUCUUAUAAUUUCACAGGAGAUUUUAUUGGAUUGAUGACAGUUUUAUCGGUAAGUCUCAAGUUCUUUAUUCCGUCUGGAAUAAUAUUGGUCCUGUAUGCUUGUGCUGUUCGCAAGAUAAUACAAACUGGCAAGCAGUUCCACGGCCAGAACAAAAGACAACAGGUCAUCAUAAAUGUUACCAAGAUGGCAGCGACAGCCUCACUUGUAUUAAUUGCUUGUUGGUUACCAAGUCAGGUGAGAAUUGAUGAGUUAUUUUGUGCACAAUAGAAAAAGUUCUUUUCCACAAACAAUGUUUUCAAUAACCGUCCACUAUAAAUUCUAAUCAAUUUCUCUUUUUAGAACUUAUUAAGUUUUCCCUUUUCAUAUCACUCUCAGUCUCAUUCCAUUAUAAAUGUUAAUUAUCAAACUUAUCAGUCCUUCCAAGGUAAUCUCGGCGGCUCCUUGACUCUGAAUUUUGUUUAUGUAGGAGGGAAGGGCUGGACAUGGAACGAUGUCACGUUGUAGAUAGGGGUGUUAAGACUUACACUUAUACAGUGUGGAAUCUCUUGACCAUGGGCGUACCGGGCGGGGGGGGGGCGGCAGCCCCCCAGUUUGUUGGGCAGUCGGGCAAUAUUCGCUGAACAGUCGGGCAGUUUUGGUUUAUAAAAAAAAAAAAUGGGACAAAUUAUGUAAAUUUUGCGGUCAAUUUACUGAUAUUUCGAAAAUUUUUGUUAGGUUCCGGAAAAUUUUUGUAUGUCCGGAAAAAUUUUUGACCCCUAAAAUGGUACACUGACCGAAAUUUUUAUUGGCGACGGGGGGGGGGGGGGAGGUCGCCAAAAGAAAUUCCGGGAAAAAUUUUUUCGGUACUUGUCGGGCAAAAUCCGGAAAAGUCGGGCAAAUUUCUUUCCGCCCCCCUAAAUUUUUCCUUCCGGUACGCCCAUGUCUCUUGCCUUUCUCUCCACGUUAAGAGGAUGAUUCAUGUCACGAUAUGCAUGAGUUUGAUACGGAAAUUUUAUUUUCGUCUCUGUAAUGACAUCGUCUGUAAUGUCAUAAUCGUACACAUCAGAGACGUAUUUCAUAUUCCUGUCUAUAGUCUGAAAACAAUGACGUAGCAAUUUACUACACAUGUAUCAUCUUAUAGCCUAGUUCUGUUGUCACUGCUUAUUCCUUAAGUGCAAUACGGAAUAUCUUCUGAAAAUCAAGAUAUUUCCGAAUUCAUAUAUAUUAACUGUGUAUGACCAAAGGGUCCACCAUCGCACGGGCAAUAACCCAAAUAUGAUAGAUAAGUAGGCCAAUUUUUUCAUUCCCACUCUUCGCAGCAAUUAUAUAGUUUUUUAGAUCUUGCUCUCGACCUCAAUAAUAAAAGCUACUGGUAAUACAUAAUUUCAAUUUCUGAUCAAUUAAAUAUUCUUAGUUUUAUCAUUCCCAGUGCGUAAUUUUUAUUUCAGAUUAAUUUAAUAUUAGUGAAAUAUGACCGAGCUGGAAUGUUCAGUCAUUUCCGUAAUACUGUCGUAAUAUAAAAUUGUUAUUUCAGAUUGAUUUAAUGUUAGUGAAGUAAGGCCAAACUGGAAUGUUCAGUCAUUUCCACAAUCAUACAAAAAUAUAUAUUUUUAUUUCAGAUUAAUUUAAUAUUAGUGAAGUAUGGCAAAGCUAAACUGUUCAGUCACUUCCACAACUCCACCAUAGUGUUGGUUUCAAUGAACUCGACUUUAAAUCCAUUUAUAUACGCGUUGUGGGGAAGACAGUUUAGGAUUGGGAUCAAGUCUGGUUUGUGUCGAUGCAUUGGCCAUACGACCAAGAGUGACGUCACUUUGAAUUCUGGUCAAGAAGGCAGCUAUGAAUUAUCUUGUACAUCAGGACAAAAUAACAACGCUUUUGAAAUAUCAAAUAUGUAA